CUUCUACAUCACCUUUAAUAAUAUUUAGGACUAUAAAUCAUGCUUCACAUCCCCAACUGGAUCAACGGGCAGGACUCGUCCGGUGCUUCCCGGUUGACGGUGAUCAACCCGGCGAACGAAACCCCCCUGGCAACCAUCGAGGCAACCCCGCGCGAGCAGGUCGAAGCCAUCAUCACCGACUCGCUGCACAACUUCCACCACAGCCCCUGGACACAGUCUGAUGCCUCCCAGCGCUUUACGGUUCUCUCCACCGCCGCCUCAUUGCUCCGCGACGCCAUCCCGGAGCUGACGGAGCUGGAGGUGCGACAGACAGGACGCCCGAUCCGCGAGAUGCGCGCCCAGUUAUCGCGCAUCCCGGAGUGGCUGGAGUAUUUUGCCUCGCUGGCUCGCACAUACGAAGGCGCCGUGACGCCCUUCAAAGGCCCCGUGGUCAACACGCUCACCCGCCGCCCGCUGGGCGUGGUCGUCCAGCUUACCCCCUGGAACCACCCGUUGCUGAUCAGCGUGAAGAAGGUGGCAGCCGCCCUGGCAGCAGGCAAUGUGGUGAUCCUCAAACCCUCCGAGCUGGCGCCAUUGUCUGUCCUCCGUCUGGGGCCUCUCUUCAAACAGGCAGGCCUACCAGACGGCGUGCUACAGAUUGUCUGCGGAACAGGGCGCGAGACAGGCCGUUUCCUCGUCGAGGACAAACGCAUCGCACGUAUUGAUCUGACAGGCUCGCUGGCGACGUACCAGGCUCUCGCCCCCAUCGCUGGGCGCAACCUCGUCCCCAUCACGGCCGAGCUGGGCGGCAAGGCGCCCGUGUGUGUGUUCCCCAGCGUGCCCGUCGAGGAAGCCGUACAGGCAGCCCUCUUCGCGGCGUUUAUUGCCUCGGGCCAGACGUGUGUGACGGGCAGUCGGAUCCUGGUGCAUGCAGACGGGUACGAUGCGUUUCUUGCUCGUCUGGUGGAACGCACCAAGGCGUUGCGGAUUGGUGAUCCUAUGGAUUCGCACACGCAGGUCGGCGCUGUGAUCAACGCUGCUGCCGUUCGUCGCUGUGAGGAGUUUGUCUCCCGCGCUGUUGCUCAGGGCGGGAGACUCUUAUGUGGAGGAAACCAAUAUCAAACAGAGUCUUUCUCUGGCUUCUUCUUCGCGCCGACUCUUAUUGAAACUGUUCCCGGCACAGAACUGGCAUGCACGGAGGUGUUUGGCCCUGUGAUUGCAGUCAUUAAAUGUGCCUCCGAAGAAGAGAUCAUCAAGAUAGCUAACCACGACACACAACUCGCCCUGGGGGCGUCCGUUUGGACACACGAUUUCGCCCAGGCGCAUCGGGUCGCCGAAGCCAUCGAGGCGGGCAUCGUCUGGGUCAACGGGCAUCAUCUGAACGAUCCGUCGUCGCCGUGGGGGGGAUUCGGCGAGAGUGGACUGGGCAAAGAGAACGGACGAGCGGCGUAUGAGAGCUAUACGCGGCUGAAGAGUACCGUGUUCAAUUAUGGUGUCUUACCUGUUUGGUUUGAUGAGGAGGGAGCACGAUAUGGAUAGUCAAUCUGUAGCCCUAAAACCUCGCGGUGAAUCUUCGACUUCACCUCUACAAUUCCUUACAUUAGUCUGAACAGUGGUAAAAGGAGUCCUAACUCAUGGCCUAGCCUAUAUACAGAAUCAUAGCUAUAUCUAACCCUUCUGCAGAUAUGAUGUAGUUGAGCUUAUAUAG